CAAUGCUGUAAAGAGUGUUAAGUUAGCUGCUAAUAAAUCGUGCUUACAUAUAUAUAUAAGUUGAAUCAUUUCAAGAGAUAUUUCCAUAAAAUAAUUGAUUGAUCCUCGGAAUCAUUUAUUUUUCUUCAAGUUAAAUUGAGAAGUAUUAUUGCGUUUAAUUUUAUUCAUUUAAGCAAUGGCUUCAUAAAUUAUACAAAAGUAUACGGCUUUGCUAUAAGUGAAAAAUAUAAAUAAAAUAAUUAAAAAUUAAGAAAAUUAAUUUUCUUAAUUAAUAAAGAGUUAUGUAAAUAAAAAAUAAUUAUAAUAUAUAAAAUACUACAUUGAAAAUUAAUUAUUAUUUAAAAAAAAUGGAAGAUAAAUGUGAAGACAAUAAAAUAUCUAAAUCAAAUCCUUGGCCAUAUAUGAAUAUUGGCUCAUUAACCAUAUCAUUUUUGACUAAAUUGGCAACUGCUGGUAUUAUUUGGAGUUGGGGAUAUUUAAAUUUGAAUAUAGCAUGGUUGAUUGGACCAAUUGCUUUGAUAGCAUGGAAAACAGAGCGUAGAAAAGACAACGAAUUAAAAUUAAUUACUGCCCAAGCUAGUGUUAUGGCUAAAGAAAAAGAAUUGAUAAUGAGCAGAUUAGAUGAAUUACCUUCUUGGGUUUAUUUUCCUGAUUUUGAUAGAGCUGAAUGGUUAAAUAAAGUUUUAUAUAAAGUUUGGCCAAACAUUAAUCAGUUUGCUCGUGAACUUUGCAAACAAAGUAUAGAACCUGCUAUAUUAGAAAAAUUGGCAGAAUUUAAAAUAAAAGGAUUUCAAUUUGAAAGAUUGGUUUUGGGUCGUAUUCCUUUAAAAAUUUAUGGUAUUAAAGCAUAUGAUAAAAACACUUCAAGAAAUGAAGUUAUUAUGGAUACAGAUAUUAUGUAUGCUGGUGACUGUGAUAUUACCUUUUCAGUUGGAAAUAUAAAAGGUGGUAUUAGGGAUUUUCAGAUUCGUGGAAUGAUGAGAAUAGUUAUGAAACCAUUAUUACCUGUAAUGCCUAUAGUUGGAGGUGUUCAAGCAUUCUUUUUAAACCCACCAGCUAUUAAUUUUAAUUUGAUUGGAGUCGCAGAUGUUCUUGAUUUGCCUGGAUUUAAUGAAAUUUUAAGAAAAACAAUAGUAGAACAAAUAGCAGCUUUUGUUGUACUGCCAAACAAAAUUGUUAUACCAUUAAGUGAAGCAGUACCAAUUGAAUCAUUAAAAAUACCAGAACCUGAAGGUGUUUUAAGAAUUCAUGUAGUAGAAGCGAAACAUCUUAUGAAAAAGGACAUAGGGAUGUUGGGUAAAGGUAAAUCUGACCCAUAUGCCAUUAUAAAUAUUGGAGCACAAGAAUUUAGGACAAAAACUAUAGAUAAUACUGUAAAUCCAAAAUGGGAUUUCUGGUGUGAGUUUAUAGUGGAAAAGAGCUUGGGAGCCUAUUACAACACAGUGGUUGCCCACCUUUUUGACAAAGACAACGCUGGUCAAGAUGAUCCACUUGGCAGGGCUACUAUUGAAGUUAGUAGAGUGAAAAAGAAAGGAAAUAUUGAUACAUGGAUUUCUUUGGAACAAGCAAAACAUGGCAUGAUUCAUUUACGAUUGACAUGGUUUCAACUAUCAAAAAAUAUUGUUGAUUUAAAAGCUGCUUUAGUGGAAACUCAAGAGCUUAGAGUAACGUCAAUGAGUACUGCUCUUCUUAUACUUUAUAUUGAUUCAGCAAAAAAUUUACCAUGUGUUCGAGGAAAUAAACAGCCUGAUGUUUAUCUUGAAGCAAGUAUUGGUGGAAAUACAAAAAGAACAGCUACCAUGUUACGUUCUUGUGAUCCAGUAUGGGAACAAGGUUUCACUUUUUUAGUUAGCAAUCCAGAAACUGGUAUUUUACAUAUAAAGAUUACAGAUGAAAAAACUAAUCUCAUAGUGGGUGAAAUGAAUUAUAAUAUUUCUUUACUUUUAACACAAAAUAAUCUUGAAAUUUCACAACAGCCUUAUGAUUUGCAAAUGGCUGAAGUUGAUAGCAAAUUAAUACUAUCUAUGUCAUUAAGUAUUUUAAAAUAUGAGGAACCUGAACCUAUUUCUGAAGAAGAUGAUGAUGAUCAUGAUAUCAACCAAUUAAAGAAAAAAAUCGAACGUCAAGAAUCAAAUAUUAGUAAUACAUUAUCAACUAGUCUUCCUUCUAGUCCAUUGAAAAGACAAUCAUCAAAAGAUUCAGUUAAUAGUCUAACACCGAGUAUUGGAUCUGGUGCUGUAAUUAUACCUGAAGAACUAGGUACAGCAGAAGAGGAAUUAAUUGUCGUUACUUCUGCUCCAUCCUCUGUUACUGAAAAUGCACAGUUAACUCAUAGAAAUCCAAACAUGACAUCAUCCGCAGGUGAUGCUAAACUAGGUCGGAUACAAUUGUCUUUACGUUACAGCGUACAAAGACAGAAAUUUAUAAUUGUCGUACACAAAAUAGCUAAUUUACCUCUGCCACAAAAUGAUCCGCAUAAUAUACCAGAUCCAUAUGUAAAACUAUAUCUUCUUCCUGAUCGCCAUAAGGAAACCAAACGUAAAACAGCAGUAAUGAAGGAUAAUUGUAAUCCAAUAUUCGAUGAACAAUUUGAAUAUGUUGUUUCUCAAGCUGAUUUAAAUAGUCGUACAUUGGAAGUGUCUGUAUGUACACAAAAAGGUUGGUUAUCGACCGGGAGUAAUGUAAUGGGUCAAGUUCAUAUAAAUUUGAAUGAAAUUGAUGUUACAAAAUCAUUCACGAGCUGGUACGAUUUACAACCAGAGACUAAGGACUAGAAGUUUAAGAAAAGCAAGUGGAGAUUUGACCAAUUGUUUAUAUGUUUUCGAAGACAAUCUGUUGAAUUUCCACAAUGCGACUUUCCAAAACGCUAAUUAUAUAAUUACAUCAAAUUCUAUGCAAAUUUUAAAUUCUAUUCGAAUUUAAAAAAAAUUUGGAUUAAAACAAAUAAUAUGAAUUUUGAGAAACUGUCAAUAAAUAUGUUUAUCUAUUUAUACUUGGACCGUCCAUUGGUAUAAAAUUAAUUUUAUGUUUAUUUUGCAUAUUAUUUUAUAUCAUCUAUGCUUAUAGAAUAGUUUCAUCAAUAAUAAAUACCAUUAAAAUAUUUUAUUACUAACAUAUAAUAUUAUAUGCUAUAAUUUCAUGCAUAAUACCAUUACGUGCAUUAUGUAACAUUUAUUUAUUUAUUUAGUAUUUGAUUUGAAAAUUUUUGGUUUUUAAAUAAACAUUUAUUUUGUUUUUAAUUUGCUUAAUAUUUUUCUUAAUUUGUUGCUUUAUUUACUACUUGUAUUAUUAGCAUUUAUAUAAUUUAAAUAAUUAUUACUAAUUACUAAUUACAAAUUAAUUACUAAUUACAAUUAAGUAAUGUUACAAUCUUCACAUUAUUAAAAAAAUUAAUAAUAAAGCAGUGUCAUUAAAGAUGAUUGUUAGCGUAAGUUAUUAAAUCAAAUUAUAAAUAAUAUAUAUAUGUUAUAUUUAUACCAAAGUUUUUGCUAUAUUGUAUAUUGCUAUAUAUUAUAUAAAUUUAUGUUUCUGCGAAUACUGGUAUAAAAUAUUACCAGUAUAAUAUUGUAAAUUGUUGAUGAUAAUAAAAUAUAAAUAUAUGCAUUAAA